AUGGCCGCAAUCGGUUCCUUGAUCUUUUGCACAGACUGUGGCAACCUCCUGCCUGCGUCCAAAGGCAGCGAGAAGAACAUUCUUCAUUGCGACUGCUGUGGCGCAGAAAAUAGAGAUCAACCGUGGAAAGCUGUGACAACAAGAACGAAGCCAUCCGAUUUCCCAUCUGCCCUGCGGCAGAAGUUAUCGAUUGUCCAAACAGUUGCGAGGCAUCAGGUACAAACGGAGCGCAUCGAUGCGAAUACCGAGUGCCCGAAGUGUAAAAAGAUGGGCGUGCGGUACUCGGAGGUGCAGCAGAGGAGUGCUGACGAAGGCUCAACCAUUAUUUACAACUGCGAUUGCGGUGAAAGGUACGCAGCGCCACGAUCGCUCGUCCAGACCAUCUGCUAA